AUGUUGGAAACUAUAACAUCUCAAUCAACAGAGGAAUCCUAUAUUAAAUGGUUAAAUGAUCAUUUAACUAAAGCCACACCUCCAUUAAUUAUAUAUGAUUUAACUGAAGAAAUUAUCUGUAAUGGUGUAGCUAUUGGAGUACUAUUAGAAAUUAUUGGUGGAAUCAAAAUUGAUGGGCUACUUUUACAGCCAAUUACAACUGUGGAACGUUUACAUAAUAUUCAUGAGGUAUUUAGUGUAUUGAGACGUUUGAAUGUAAAAAUCAAUAACAUUCAACCUGAAGAUAUUAUGGAAGGGGAUAAAGACACAGUACUUGAAUUAUUGAUUGCAAUUAAUGAUUAUUUUUUACCUAAACCCAAUAUGAAAACUACUAAAAAAUUCAAUCCAAAUAAUCAUAACAGCAAUUAUUAUGAUAUUGAUUAUAAAAUGGAAUCAAAUGGUCGUUCAUCAGCAUGGAGUACUUUAAGUAGUUCAACUAGAAGAACACCAAUAAAUCGAUCAGAAACAGCACCACAUUUAAAUGGUAAUCAUGAAAAUGGACUAUUAUCAAUAAAUAAUCAUCAUUUACAAAAAAAUCUUUUACAACAUUCGACAAAUGGUAUAGAUUAUCCUAUAAUUGAUUUACCAUGGUCAAAUUCUAUAGAUCAUUUUACAGAUAAUACUAAUAAUCGACAACUUUAUGCAUCUUCUCAUCAUUCAUUAGCACCAACACCAACUCCAUCAGAAUUAACUAAUUCUACAAGUCCACGAUCAAAAAGUACAGUAUAUAGAGUUCGUUCAGAUCCAUUAUCACCUAGAUCUAUACAUGGUAGAAGAGAAGCCUCAAUAUCAACAGCACCAAUAAAUAUUAGAUCAGCUUUACCAAAUUUGAAUUCCGGCUCUAGAGGUUAUUAUCAACAAACUAAUCCAUCACAACCAAUACAGUCAACUAAUUAUCCUGAUAAAAAUGUACAUACAACAAGAAGUGGACGUUCAACAAAUGAAUUACCACAAAUAGUUGAUUCAAUGAAUGAAGUACAACAGCUUAGAUCACAGUUGAAUAUGUUGUCUAAACUUAUUGAAUCAGAUGGUUCCAAUCCUGUACGUACUGCUUCAGCAUUACGUCAAACAGCGGCAAAAAGCACGCAAACUGAAUUCGGUUAUCUAUUGGAUAGACAAGCGAAAAAAUCAAACGCUGAAAUUUCAGAAUUACGUGGUAUCAUCAAAAUUAAGGAAGAAGCUAUUCAUAUGUUAGAAGAGGAAAAUUCACGUUUAAGUGAUUCAUUGAAAACAUUUUUAUACAAUAUGAAUAAACCAGGAAAUUUGGAUAAAACAACAAUGUCAAAUAAUAAUUAUCCAAUUAAACCUCAAGAAUAUCAGACUAUAUUCGAUAGUAAUAAACAAAGACCUUCAAAUAAUCCGGUCAAUACGUCACAUCAUCAUCAACAACAACAACAGCAACAAGAACAAUCUCAACGUCAAGAUGAUUAUACACCUCAACACCAUCACCAUCAUCAUCAUCAUCAUCAACAUCCACCUCAACCUCGUCAACGUGAUCAUCAUCAUCAUCAUCAUCAACAACAACAAAGUAAUUAUAAUCCAUCAAAACCUUUAAAUCAAACAUCCACCAAUAUCAAUUCAUCAAAUACUUCUACUCCUAUUAAUACACCAAUGAUUAUAUCUCCAUCACAUUUAUCUAUGAUAAAACCAGAAUUAUGUGAUCAAACAAUAUUACCAUAUUCAAUUAGUCCAUGUAAAUCAGCAUCAUCAUCAUCACCAAAUCGACAAUCAAGUCCAGAAGGAAGAAUGAAAAAUAUAAAACGUCAAUUAUCACCAACUGGUAAACGUUUUCCAUAUUAUCAACCUUAUAUACAUUCAUUAAUGCAUCCUAAUGAAUUGAAUAAAGUUGAAAAGAACAAAGGUUUUAAUGAUUCAAAAAGUUUAUUACGUAGUUUGACAACAACACAAGCUCAAAUGAUAAAAAGUCCAACUCAACGAUUAUUGAUGCAAAGUCUUCCAUCAUCUGAUUAUUGA